CAGAAAGGAGGAUCCUUCCUGUAUCUCUCUGACUGCAGCUGGCUUUCUGUCAAGCCUUUGAUGCUCAGGGGUCCACCAGAGCCAGGCCACUGAGUUCCGAGAAGGGACAGAGGUGUGGCAAUCCCCGGGACAGGGUGCGUCAGAGCCGGGGCUGCUCAGCUCCUUCCUGGUGCCGCCCUGGCAGCAGAAAAGGGAGCCAUCGCCAUGCCUGGGGAGCCACGGAGGACUCGCGUGAUCCCAAAGAGCUCUAGGAAAAUAUUUGGGAACUAGGAUUCCGGAAGGCAGGACAAGGAGGAGCUGCAUGGAUUCACAGCCCCGGUUUCAGGAACUUCCAUAAACUGGGAGAAACUUAGACAUUCUCUACUCUCUUCAAAGCUCACCUGUGGCCAGCAGGUCUGGAGAAAGGACCCCAUGGCACCGGCUGCAGCCACCAAGUUCACUCCUGGCACCUUAGCUCUGCUCCUUGUGGUGCUGCAGGGCUGUCUGUGUGCAAACCUGGACGAUAUUCAUUCUCUCUACCUCAACUUCACUGUGAAAACUCAAUUUGGACCUAGAGAGCCCUGGUGUAAAGUGAGCAGCUCAGUGGAUAAACUGCCUUUUCUUCAGUACGAUACUGACAACAAGGCUAACCCGUUGGGUAACCUGGGAAAGGACAUAUAUAACACCGACCUAUGGGCAUAUUUGACCCAAAGAAUUGAAUACAUGGGACAAGAGAUCAGGAAUAGGCUACCUGACAUCCAACUGGAGAAGCACAGUGUGAGGGGUCAUCCCACCUUGCAGGUCAAGAUGUUCUGUCAGCAUAGACAUGGACAGCAUGUAGGUGCUUGCUGGCAGUUCACCAUCGAUGGACAGUAUUCCUUCUUCUUCUACCCAAUGAACUUGACCUGGACAGUGAGUCAUCCUGAAGCUACAGGCACCAUGAAGGAGUGGGAGAAGGACAAGGAACUCGUUAAGGACCUCAAGAAGGUGUCCAUAGACGAUUGCGGUCACUGGCUGGAGGAACUUUUAAAGUACUGGAAACCAGUGCCAGGGCCAACAUCAAUAGCUCCAGAUGCCACCCAGAAUGUGCAUCUGAACACUACCCAACUUUCAUUACAGAAUUCAUUUAUCAUCAUUUUAGUAAUCAUUUUAAUCAUAAUUGCUGUCCUUGUUGUGAUCCUUGUGAGGAAUUUCUGCCCAGCUGAAGAUGAAGCUGGAAAGAAGAAAUAGAUGACUCAGCAGUUCAGGGUUCUUCUUGCUGAUCCAGAGAACCAAGUUGGUUCCAGAAACCAAGUCCGAUAGCUCAGGACCAGUUGUAACUCCAACUCCAGAGGAAUCCUUUGCCGCAGGCCUGCAAGGUCACCUGCACCUACAUUCACCUACCACCACACAGAGACACACACAUAAUUAAAAGUAAUAAAAAUAAAUA